CUAAACUAACCAACAACUGACGCCUACGAGGCGAAAUUGUAAAAUAUUUAUAAUUGGUUGAAAUUUUUCAGAAAUAGACACAUCGAAAUAAAUAAAAAUAAUUAUUUGUGGCGUUGGGGCUGAGUUUCAUUGGCUGGUGAUCACUGUCCACGUUUAACUUCGUGGAUUAAAAAUAAUAGUUCGGUAGUUCGUGAUGUUUCAAUACGGAUUUGUGAUAUAAAGUCUAGAAAAAUAAAAAAAAAAAGAUAAUCAACUGAGCAACAAUUAAAUAAAUGACAAGUAGAUUGAUAUUGAGAAUUUAAAUUAUAUAUUUUUUAAGAAGUGACAAUGAAAACUCUACCGAAGAGUGAUCAAGAUGCUUGGUGGUGGAGUAAAAAUUCUUUCUGGACAAAAUUAGCUCUAGGUUUAUUUGUAUUAAUUAUUUUACUGGACUUUCCUUUAAUGUGCCAAGGACAGCAUCAUCAUCACCACGAUCAUGAUCAUCAUCACCACGAUCAUGAUCAUCAUGACCAUGAUCAUGAUCAUGAUCACCAUCAUCAUGAACCAGCGAGUUUUAAAUAUUCACAGCAAGCUAAUGCGCAGUUUAAACCUCCAGCACAUGAUCAUCAUCACCAUCACCAUCAUGACCACAAACAUGAAGAUCCUAAACCAGCAACUGGUACAGAACCAGGUGAGAGCGUUAUGCUGAAUGCUAUUGGAUCAACUUUGUUGAUAUCAGCGGCUCCAUUUGUUGUACUGUUCUUUGUUCCUCUGGAUAACAGCAAAGAAAAGGAGUCAUUGUUAAAAAUUCUGCUGAGUUUUGCAUCUGGUGGUCUUCUGGGUGAUGCAUUUUUACAUUUAAUUCCUCAUGCGUUGACACCACACUCGCAUUCAGAUCAUGAGCACGAUCAUUCUCACGAUCAUGCUCAUGAACAUGAGCAUGAACAUGAACAUGGUCAUGGUCACAGCCAUGGCAAUGGAAUGGCAGUUGGUCUCUGUGUGCUGCUGGGUAUCAUAAUGUUUUUGGUGGUAGAAAAAAGUAUAAGAUUAAUAAAAGGCGGACAUUCUCAUUCGCACUCUCCCGCGGUUGACGCCACUGCUAAAAAGGACAAGAAAAAAGACGAUGAUGCUGAUGAAAAGACAAGCGAUCAAGCAGAUGAUGGCGACAUUAAAAUCGCUGGUUAUCUUAAUUUAGCUGCUGACUUCCUGCACAAUUUUACUGAUGGUCUAGCAAUCGGUGCCAGUUAUUUAGCUGGAAAAAAUAUAGGACACAUCACCACGCUGACUAUUUUACUACACGAAGUACCUCAUGAAAUAGGGGACUUUGCUAUUCUUGUACAAAGUGGUUGCAGUAAAAAGAAAGCGAUGAUGCUCCAAUUAAUAACAGCCUUGGGCGCUUUAUGCGGUACUUAUGUGUCUUUAUUAGCUGAAGGAAUGGGAGACGUAGCGACUGCUUGGAUUCUUCCAUUUACAGCUGGCGGAUUUAUUUAUAUCGCAACGGUGUCAGUAAUACCCGAAUUAUUAAUUGACACUAAAUUCUGGCAAUCAGUCAAGGAGAUAAUCGCUCUUUUAUUAGGUGUCUAUAUGAUGGUAUUAAUUGCUGCAUAUGAAUAA